AUGACUCCAUCAUUUCGCUAUGUCAGUUUCAGCUUCUUCGCUUUCUUAGCCUUGCAACAAGCGGCUUUUGGUCUGAUCUGUUAUUCAUGUGGAUUCUGUAACACUGUCAAUAGUAAUAUAGCAACAAGCAACGUACCAGACAAUGCAGGAUACUCGUGUCGGAAAAGUAUAACAUUGGCUGGUAGUAAAGUAAUUACAACAAUUCGUGAUGCUGUAACUAGUUGCUCAGAAGUCGAUGCUGUCAUCCUUGGAAGUGGUUUUCGAACCACAUGUUGUAGGACCGACAGAUGUAAUUCAGGCAUUGCUACUUCAAGUUCGAUUGGCUUAUCAUUGGCUCUUGUAUCAUUAGUAGUCUUAUUCAAGAUGUUUUAA